GCUACAAGAUGUCGGCGGCAGAAAAUGGAAAUUGAGUUUUUCGGAUUCGCCCGCCGCCCAUCUUCACUCUGACGUUAGCCAGGCUCACUAGCAUUAGCCUCUUAGCCAGCUAAGCUAAGUUAUAUGUGUUUAGCCGAAGCUAACGUUACGAGAUGGCGGCACUCGGCGGCGACUCGCACCGCUGUUCUCUCUCUUGAAGCUUUUAUAUUACACAUAUGGGACUCUUCCUCUGGCAGUUACUCUCCGAGGAACGCAGGGGAAAGAAAACUCAUCUGCACUGUGAAGGAUCGACCUGCUCAUGAUGCCUAUUUAACCCAGAAAAUCUGAUCUGAUCACCGUAUUGUUUUUUCUUACCGGUGUUGUUAUUUCUGUACCCGCUAAAAUGGCGGACUCUCUGAGCUAGGUUAGCUAGCCGGCUACAUUUUUUUUGACGCUGAUACGAGACAAAUAUCAUCAUUUACAAUACUUAAAGUGCUAAAGUGUAGCGCUGAUGCAAAAUGGACUAGUGGCUUUCUGUACGCAGAGGAUUUUAACCGAGCACGAACCGAUUAGAGGAAGAAAUGGCUUCUCCUGGUACUGGUACUGCGACGUCUGGCGCUUCGGGCACGGUGCUGCAGCCCCGGUGGAAGAGGGUGCUGGGCUGGUCCGGCCCGGUUCCUCGCCCUCGGCACGGACAUCGGGCUGUUGCUAUCAAGGAGCUCAUGGUGGUUUUCGGCGGCGGCAAUGAAGGAAUCGUCGAUGAGCUCCACGUAUACAACACAGCUACCAAUCAGUGGUUUAUUCCGGCUGUCCGGGGUGAUGUUCCACCUGGCUGUGCUGCUUAUGGGUUUGUGUGCGAUGGCACACGGCUGCUGGUGUUCGGGGGCAUGGUGGAAUAUGGAAAGUACAGCAAUGAUUUAUAUGAACUACAGGCCAGUAGAUGGGAGUGGAAACGGCUGAAGCCUAAAGCUCCAAAGAAUGGCCCGCCGCCCUGUCCCCGCCUGGGCCACAGCUUCUCCCUGGUGGGAAACAAAUGCUACCUGUUUGGAGGCCUCGCCAAUGACAGCGAGGAUCCCAAAAACAAUAUUCCAAGAUACCUAAAUGACCUAUACACACUCGAGCUGCGUCCUGGCUCUAAUGUAACAGGCUGGGACAUCCCCAUCACGUACGGCGUGCUGCCCCCUCCUCGCGAGAGCCACACUGCCGUGGUUUACACAGAGAAAACCUCUAAGAAGUCCCGGCUUGUCAUCUACGGAGGCAUGAGUGGCUGCCGGCUCGGAGACCUCUGGACGUUAGACAUAGACACUCUGACCUGGAACAAGCCUGGCAUCAGCGGCACAGCUCCUCUCCCUCGCAGCCUUCACUCAGCAACAACUAUAACAAACAAGAUGUAUGUGUUUGGCGGGUGGGUGCCCUUGGUGAUGGAUGAUGUGAAAGUGGCUACACACGAGAAGGAAUGGAAGUGCACAAACACACUGGCUUGCCUAAACCUUGACACAAUGACAUGGGAAUCCAUUUUAAUGGACACUCUGGAAGACAACAUCCCGAGGGCCAGAGCAGGCCACUGCUCUGUAGCAAUUAAUUCCAGGCUGUAUAUCUGGAGCGGCAGGGAUGGCUACCGCAAGGCCUGGAACAACCAGGUGUGCUGCAAAGACCUCUGGUACCUGGAGACAGACCGCCCCCAUGCACCGUCACGAGUGCAGCUGGUCCGUGCCAACACCAGCUCUCUGGAGGUGAGCUGGGGUGCGGUGCCCACCGCCGACACCUACCUGCUGCAGCUGCAGAAAUAUGACAUCCCCGCCGCAACAGCGGCCACCUCUCCAAAUGUCACUCCCACUUCCUCUCUACCAGCCAACUCGCCUAAGAGUCCAGCCCCGGCUGCUGCUGCCCCUGCCUCACAGAGCAUGCCUCUCACUGGCGUCACACUUGUUCAACAGACUCCAUCGCCUACCACUUCCAUGCCUGGCAGCCCACUUGCUGCAGCCUCACCCCGAGGUCCAGCCAUUCUAAAGGUGGCUGCACCUCAGUCGACCGCUGGGACCUCCAUUGUCACUGUACGUCAGGCCAAUCAAGUGGGGAAGUCUCCAGUCACUGUUACAUCACUUCCUGCAGGAGUCCGUAUGGUUGUCCCUGCGCAGAGCACUCAGGGAACACCGAUUGGCAGCAGCCCACAGAUGAGUGGCAUGGCUGCCCUGGCUGCAGCCGCCGCCGCUACACAAAAGAUACCGCCCUCCUCUGCGGCCACUGUGCUGAAUGUUCCAGCCGGAGCCACCAUAGUCAAGACUGUUGCUGUGACUCCAGGCUCUACAACUCUACCAGCUACUGUGAAAGUGGCUUCGCCAGUGAUGGUGAGCAACCCAGCAACCCGCAUGCUGAAGACAGCUGCUGCCCAGGUUGGGACAUCAACCAUCUCUACUCCCAAUACCCCAACCCGCCCCGUCAUUACUGUUCACAAAUCGGGCACUGUGACGGUAGCCCAGCAGGCCCAGGUGGUCACAACAGUGGUUGGUGGUGUCACCAAAACAAUUACCCUCGUCAAGAGCCCCCUCACUGUUGGCAGUGGUGGAACUCUGAUCUCUAGCCUGGGGAAGGUGAUGUCUGUGGUCCAGACCAAACCAGUACAGACAUCUGCAGUAACUGGUCAAGCCGGUAGUAGUCCUGUCACUCAGAUCAUACAGACAAAGGGUCCUCUACCUGCAGGCACCAUCCUGAAGCUGGUCACCUCUGCAGAUGGCAAACCCACCACUAUCAUCACAACCACGCAGGCAGGUGGCACUGGCACCAAACCCACUAUCUUGGGCAUCAGUGGAGUCUCCCCAAGCACAGCCACCAAACCUGGCACCACCAUCAUCAAAACCAUCCCCAUGUCUGCCAUCCAGCAGGGAGCUGCAGGUGCUGCCGGUAGCCCUGGCUUAAAAUCUCCCAUUACCAUCAUCACCACCAAGAUGGUGACACCUGGCACUGGCACACCAGGCAAAAUCAUUACAGCUGUACCGAAACUGACCACAGGAACUGGCCAACAGGGGGUGACACAGGUGGUCUUGAAAGGGGCACCUGGACAACCUGGCACCAUUCUGCGCACUGUGCCCAUGGGUGGCGUGCGUCUUGUUUCUCCUGGUGCUGUUUCUGGAGUCAAACCCACAGUUACCACACUAGUAGUCAAAGGCACCACAGGAGUAACUACUCUUGGCACAGUGACCGGCACGGUCUCCACCAGCCUGGCAGGGGGCAAUGUUGUUACUUCCAAUGCUAGCCUGGCUACUCCUAUAACCACCCUGGGUAACAUUGCGACACUAUCCAGUCAGGUUAUCAGCCCCACAGCCAUCACAGUGUCCGCAGCUCAAACAAGCCUGACUACUGCGUCCUCUGUGGCCCUGCAGGCAGCGGCGCAACCAACUCAGGUGACUCUAAUUAGCACCCCUAGUGGUGUGGAGGCGCAACCUGUGCAGGAUCUUCCUGUCUCCAUCCUGGCAUCUCCCACCUCUGAGCAGCCCUCCUCCACGGGGGCAGAAGCCAGCGAGACCACAGGUGAAGUGACUCUGGUGUGCUCCAACCCACCCUGCGAGACUCAUGAAACUGGCACCACCAACACACCCACUGUGGCUGCUGCCAAGAUAUGUUCUAACCCACCCUGUGAGACGCAUGUGACAGGUACCACCAACACGACAACUACGGCCUCGGCCAACAUGGGACGUGUUCAGCAGGUGUGCAGCAAUCCCCCGUCAGAGACCCAUGACACAGGCACCACGAACACGGCCACUACUGCCAGCUGCAGCAUGGGCUCCCUUGAAAUGGGGGUCGUUAAUAGCAGUACGGCGUCCCAACAGUCCACCAUGACCUCACCUGGAAGUACACUUCUGUCUCCGGUAUGUUCUAAUCCUCCAUGCGAGACGCAUGAGACGGGAACCACUAACACACCCACACAGGCGUCCUCGAGCAUGGGCAGUGGGCAGACCAACACAGUACAGAGAGUAUGUUCCAACCCGCCCCGUGAGACACAUGAAACGGGCACUACCAACACACCCACGCAGGCGUCCUCAAGUAUGGGCAGCGGGCAGACCAACACAGUACAGAGAGUAUGUUCCAACCCGCCCCGUGAGACACAUGAAACGGGCACUACCAACACACCCACGCAGGCGUCCUCAAGUAUGGGCAGUGGGCAGACCAACACAGUACAGAGAGUAUGUUCCAACCCGCCCCGUGAGACACAUGAAACGGGCACUACCAACACACCCACGCAGGCGUCCUCGAGCAUGGGCAGUGGGCAGACCAACUCCGUACAGAGAGUAUGUUCCAACCCGCCCCGUGAGACACAUGAAACGGGCACUACUAACACACCCACGCAGGCGUCCUCAAGUAUGGGCAGCGGACAGACCAACACUGUGCAGAGAGUAUGUUCCAACCCGCCCUGCGAGACCCACGAGACCGGCACCACCAACACACCCACCCAGGCUUCAUCCUCCAUCGGAGCUGUGCAAAACGGCGCAGUGCAAAGAGUGUGUUCCAAUCCACCCUGCGAAACUCACGAGACCGGAACCACCAACACAGCCACUACUGCCACCAGCAGCCUGGAGUCAGCCGAAGACACAGCUCAACAAAGUGCUGAAGGACAAGAAGACAGUGGCACCAGUGUUGAGGCAACUUCAUCCACAGAGCCUGCCAAUCCUACAAUCCAGAGCAGAGCUGUCACCAUGGUGACUCAGGCCACACCCACCCCAGGGCCCUCUGUCCCAGAGAUCUCAUCCAUGGCAGGUUCUGCUGCCAUAGUGGAGGCCUCGGGUGAAGGUGAGGCAGAGGCGAUGGAACAGGGUGACUCGGAAGCAGUGGCAACGGGCGAGGAGCCCAUGCAGACUGAAGGCGAGCUGGGUGAAGAGGGCACCGUCAGAGUUGUUGCUAUUGAACAGGGUGCUUCCGGUGAGGCAGGAACCAUGCUACAGGUGCAUGUAGCCAUGGAAGCGCAGCCUGGUCAAGGCGAACAGGCCGAGAUGGAGCAAGGUGGAGAGGGUGAAGAGGCCGUGGGUCUGGCCGGGCAAAACUCGGAGGCUUUAGCACUGCCCCAAGAGCUGAUGUCUGCUGAGGGACAGCCCACAACAUUGAUGGUGACAGGACUGACCCCAGAGGAGCUGGCUGUCACUGCAGCAGCAGAAGCUGCUGCUCAGGCUGCAGCCACAGAGGAGGCCCAGGCCCUCGCCAUACAGGCUGUGCUGCAGGCAGCCCAACAGGCUGUGCUGAAUGAAGGGGAUGCUGGACAGGAUGGUCAGCAGUCAACCACCAUCCCCAUUGUGCUGACACAGCAGGAGCUGGCUGCUCUCGUCGAGCAGCAGCAACAGCUGCAAGAGGCCCAGGCUGCAGCAGCCGCUGCCCAGCAGCUGGCGGCUGAUUCAGGUUCCACAGCUCUGCCCACCGAGGGCCUCGCCCCCGCAGACAGUCUAAACGACCCCACGUCCGAAAGCAAUGGCCACGAGAUGACUGCUGCUGCUGUAGUCACCGGAGCUGUGGCUCGACUUCUUCCCAGCACAACUGCAGAGACUUUGGCUCCAUCGAGUACAUUUGCCCCAUCCCAGCCAAUGGCAGUGGCUAGCCCUGCUAAGAUGCAAGCAGCUACUGCUCUUACCGAGGUGGCCAAUGGCAUAGAAUCUGCAGCUGGGAAGCAAGGACCGCCCCCUGCAGUUGUGAAACCACCAGUAAAGAAAGAAAAUCAGUGGUUUGAUGUCGGAAUUGUCAAGGUGACCAACAUGGUUGUCACACAUUAUUACAUGCCAGCAGAUGAUUCGGAGGUUACUGAUGAUGAUUCUGGGACCAUACCAGAUUACAGCCAAAUGAAGAAAGUGGAGCUUUCUCCUGGCACAGCGUACAAGUUCCGAGUGGCUGGUAUUAACGCUUGUGGCCGUGGAACCUUCUCUGAAGUGUCAGCCUUCAAAACCUGUCUACCUGGUUUCCCUGGAGCACCAUGUGCCAUUAAAAUCAGCAAGAGCCCAGACGGCGCUCACCUCACAUGGGAGCCCCCAUCAGUAACAUCGGGGAAGAUUAUUGAGUAUUCAGUCUACCUGGCUAUCCAGAGCUCGCAGACAACCGAGGCCAAAGCGUCUGCGCCUGCGCAGCUAGCUUUCAUGCGUGUGUACUGUGGGCCCAAUCCCUCUUGUCUGGUUCAGACUUCCAGCCUGUCCAAUGCCCACAUUGACUACACCACCAAACCUGCAAUUAUCUUCCGCAUCGCAGCUCGCAACGAGAAAGGCUAUGGCCCUGCCACGCAAGUCAGGUGGCUACAAGAAACCAGUAAGGAUGGAUCUGCUGCCAAACCUGCAGUAAAGAGACCGGUCUCAUCUCCUGAUGUGAAAGGUAUUGGUGUAAAAAAGGCCCGAGCUGACCAGUGAAAAAAGCUUGCCAUGCCCUUCUUCCCCCCCCUGAGAUGAAGACCCAUGACUGAACUCCUCCUCUUCCUGCUGAAUGCCCUCUUCCUAGGCCACACCCCCACUACUCACUACUACAUGAGAUGGCAGCAAAAAAGGAAAAAAGAAAUCAAGAUAAUCUAGUUGUGCCCUACCCCUGGUCAUCACUGAACAUUCUGGUGCCAUGGACGCCUUAUCUUUCCAUUUUUUGUGUUGUAAAUGUGUCUUCUUCAGACAAACAGUUAAAAGUUAAAAGCACAUACUUUUGCUUUUCCUGGCAAUUUUGUGUGACAAAUUUCCAAUGGCAGCAUUUAGUCAAGUUAACUGUAUUGAUUGUUUCUGUAGUUCAGAUACUUUCCUUCCUUCAUGUUUUUAUUUUAGCUUAUUUCAAAACAAGCAAUAGAUAAAGAAGAAAAAAAACAAUAACUUAGCUCUUCUGUGAGUCGUUUUCCCCCCCUUCUGUUUUUGGCAAGUUUGUAUAUUUCAGUUGGGCACAGACAGAAGAUGGAAGGAGACUGAACGGAGGGAACGCAGACAAUGAAGUUUCACCUGGAAGACCUUUUGAAAGACGGGAAAAAAAAACACAACACAGCACUUGGUGACGCUUCUGAGGAAAAGACUUCAUUUUAAAGACAAAUCUGUAAUUAUACAUCCAGUCUGAGUUCAGUAGCCCGUUAUUACAUCACUGUGUCUUCAUACGUUGCCGAGAGGGACGGAUUAAAGAACUGCACCAUUUUGUACCGAAGAUGUAAGGACUCCGAUUCUUGUAGAUGGAGAGGCAUAUGACUUUUUGGCAUCGCAACGAAGUACAUCUUGUAUAAAGAAAGAGGAAAAGAAAAAAAAUCCCAAAAAUAGUAAGCAGUGAUGCAAAAGCUCUGUAUGUGGUUUAUUUUUGUAUUUCAUUUUUUUCUUUUUUUCCUUUUUUUCUUUUAACAUAACUUUUUCCCCCUUAUUGUGUGCGUGUGCAUCUGCGCAGUUUUAAAACUUGCUUCCAGCUCAUUCCUGUCGUCUGCGUGUGCUUGUGGGAUUGCGUGGCAGCUUGUCCUGAGUGCCACAGUAUUUUUUACAUCCCAUGUUAAGUAUUUCAAACGGUGGUUCAGAGAUUGAACUUCAAAGUGGACUUUUUGUACUCAUUCUGGAGACAGACGACCCCUCAACAACAAGCUUGAGAAUACUGAAUAAAACAGCUUUUUCGCGUUUUGUGUUUUUUAGUUUCCUCCCUCCUUGUAUAUUGUUGGACAUUUAAACGAGGCUGUUGCAGGAGUAACGCCUAUGUUCCCGUUUGGUUCAUUUUUCUCUUCCUGUUAACCUUUCACUAGUCCAUAGUUUAUGUAUAAAAAAAAAAUUACUUUCUGUGAAUCUAUGCUUGUUUUGUGAGACGGUAGAGGUAAAAGCAAAACUGGGAUGAUGCUCAUAGUGGAGGAAAUGUUGGAGGCGUUUCCAUUUUUCUUGGGGUCGUUCUCGACUUGGCCGAUGUUUUUGGGAUGCAGGGUACAGAUGUGUAAAUCUGAGUGAGGGUGCUGAUCCAGGACCGGGUUAUUACAGUAGGAUUUGAAAGUCAAAAUCUGAUCCUAGAACAGGACUUUUGCUCUACAACAUGUUAUGCAUAUGACCCCACAGUUUCUAGAAAUUUUUUUUUUUUUUAGAGCAAAGUGGACUGAAAAGUCUCUGAAUGGAAAACAGGAACAUUUGGUUUGCAUUUCUGGAAGUUGGAAAUUGAGAAUGAUGGAUUCUUGGCACAGCCAGCGUUUGAACUCGGUUGUAAAUUAGUUCUUUCACGUAGCAAGAAGUAAAACAAACAAACAAACAAAAAAAAAACAACUCUGCCUUUUUUAUAUAAAUAUCUGUAACAAAUGUUUUUACAUGUUGUCAUCUAUUGAUUGCUUUUGUGUCUUGACAUAUAAAAGUAAUGGAAAUCUG